ACACAUGUCUGGUGAUCCCUCCCUUUGUCACAGAAAGGUCAUUGAACCUCUGAGGACAAACCCCAUAUUAGAGAGAGAUCUAACCUAAAAGAAGAUGAGUUAUAGUUGUGACAGACAUACUUUAAUUUAUUUAAUUUUCACCCUCAUGGCUCCACACUUUGUGUGUGUCUCAGCCGUGCAGGUGAAGAAAACACCUGAGCAGCUCGUUUUACCCAGAGUCACCUGUUCACCUCGGAGGAUCAGAGCUGUGUUUGGAUCACAGGUUCAGAGUAAUGUUCACGUCAGAGACCUGACAGGAGCUUUAAUCCCGGUGCUUCAGUCUGAGGAUUCAUGUGGGGUGAGAGUGAGCAGAGAGAAAAACCAAAACCUCUCCUUCUCCAGCAGAUAUGACAGCUGCUAUGCUCACAUUGAGGACAGCAGAGUGGUCGUCCCUCUGCAGGUUCAGCUAACCGGAGAGGAUCGUUGGUUCAGGGUGAACAUCAGCUGUCCUCUCAUAAAGAGACACAGCCAGAGGAGUCAACCUAACCCAACACCAUUACCUGGAAGAUGUGAGGUUGACAAAGCUCUCAGAGUGGACUGUGGACGCCUGCACAUCUCUAGAGAUUCCUGCUACAAACUGGGAUGCUGCUAUGAUGCUCAUGACUUCAGCUGCUACUACAAACUCAACACGUGCUCUUUGGACGGACACUUUGUGUUCUCGGUUAAAGCCACAGACACAGACCCUCCCAUCGAUCCCAGCAGCCUCUCUGUCAGAGAUCAGCCGCUCUGUUUACCCAUCAUCAGCACUGAGGACACGGCUGUGUUUAAGAUCGGAGUCACUGAGUGUGGGGCAAGGAUGAAGAUGGAUGGAGAUGUGAUGAUAUACGAGGUGGACGUGGAGGAGCUGCAUACUCAAGGUGACACCAAAAGUUCCCCUUUUAGUCUGCAGGUCCAGUGUGAGUACGAAGCCUCAGACCUGAAGCGUGCUGCAGACCUGCGCUCUCUGUACGCAGUCACAAACCCUCCACCUGUGUUCGCUCUGGGAACCAUCAGAGUCCAGAUGAAAAUAGCCAAAGAUUCCUCUUUCACAUCGUUCUUCCCUGAGGAUCAGCUCCCUGUGAGGCUGCGUCUGCGUAAAGCUGCAUAUGUGGAGAUCUCCAUCGCUCAGCCGUCCCCUGACCCCUCACUCUCUCUGCGUGUGCGGGACUGCUUCGCCUAUCCAACAUCCAGACACUCUGUGUGGACUCUGCUGUACGACGGAUGUCCUAACCCUGUAGACAACAUGAGGAGCUCCGUCCCUGUGGACGACCAGGGAAAGACCACAUCUCACUCCCAAAUCAGGAGGUUUGAUGUCAAGACAUUUGCCUUCUUGGACCCUCAUUCAGGACAGCCAAGUGUGGAGGAAAUGUACUUCUACUGUUGGGUGGAAAUCUGCACAAACGACAUUGACUGUGCUCAGCGUUGUGCUUUCAUUUCAUCUGAGGGAGACAGAAAGAGACGAGAGACGAUAACAGAGUCUGGUCAGGUCCAGCUGGUGUCUUUAGGGCCGCUGCUGUUCGGACAGAACGACACGGAGGUGGAGGACGAUAUUUGUGCAAAACAAAGCGCAAUGUUUCAGGUGACCGUGUAUGUCCUCUCUGGAGUCGGUGCCGCCCUCUUAUUGAUCCUGAUCUUCAUGGCGUGGUCGAGCAUCAGGAAGUGGAGGAAGAAAGAUGAAAGGCCUUCUGAUUGGCUGCCUCGCUGUGGGGACGGGCCUUAGUGCCCUUCUGAGCUCUUGUGACUUUGACCCAGCCCUCCUCGUCCUCCUGCUGCUGCUCGGCCUCUUUCCUCUGCCUCUCUGCC